UGUGCAGGGACUUUUUAAGUUUCUGAGUUUUCUGUUCCGGAAAAAAUAGCUAGCUAGUGUUGGACUGCUCUAACUGUGACAUUCCGGUUAACUCGAGAAAUCAUUUGUUGUUGAGUACUAGAAAUGACCGCGAUCUGACGUUUUGAAUUGCUGUGGGAAUCUUCCAGGAGAAAUUCAAGGACUGGUGAUGUUCUUGAUAAACAUCAAUACCCUCUAACUGUUCUUUGUUUACCAGAAGCUGGUUUCUGAAGACUUGAUAUGAUACUAAGACCUAGAGUCACUGCCUGGUUUUCAUUCAUCUAAUCGUAAACAACUAAAGAGAGAACAAAUGCCUAAUCGGUGUGCAGCAUAUGGAUGUAGAAAGUCAUAUGGAGACAAUGUUACUAUGUUCAGAUUUCCCAAAGACCCCGGUGAGUUUCGCAAGUGGGAAAAGCAGGUACAAAGGACUCGGACUAGUUGGGUCGCCAAAACAUUCUCCUUCUUGUGCUCUGAACAUUUCAGCAAAGACUGUUUUGAGCCUAGACCCACUACAGUUGCCAAGGUAAUGGGUUUCAAAGGACUCAAGCUAAAGGAAGGAGCUGUGCCAACGAUUUUUAUCCGACCUCCUUGCAGAAAUUGUGGAGGUCAUGGCACCACAUGCACGAUGUGCAGUCCAAAGGGAAAGAGGCCAAAUGUGAACACAGAGCUUCAGAACAAUGAAUCGGAAAAGGGGGUUGCAGUGACCCAAGACCUGGAUGCUAUGGAGGAAGAGAAUGGUGAAGAGGAGGAAGAAUACAAUGAACAGAUGCAUUCUGAUGAGGAAGGUGUUACUAGUCCCACAUCUGAUCCACACUCAGCAUAUAGUGAUAAACCAGUGGUGUGUGAAAUGUGUGGUGUUUCCGGGACUAGAGGAACUUUCUACUCGAGAACCAAGCGCUUCUGCAGUUUGUCUUGUUCCCGUUCCUUCUCCUCAAGCUCAAAGAAGUCUUCUAUAUUGGCCCGGCUACAGGGAAAGUCACCUAUUAGAAAGGCUCACACACCACAGUACUGCUCUACUCCUCAUGCCCAAGGCCCAGAUUAUUACCAGGGUGUCUCAGCUGUUGGGCAAGAUGCCUCUGCUGGAUUUGACUGGGGUAGUUACCUUGAGAAACAUGGCUCCCUCGCUGCUCCAGUGUCCUGCUUCCACCAUGCACCACUCUGUGUGCAGUGGGAGGACAUCGAGGUUGGGCUGCAGGUCGAGGUCCUGAACACUCAUGCUGGUUUGCCAACAAAGGUUUACUGGAUCGCCGCUAUCCUCCAACUGGCAGGUUACAAAGCCCUACUUCGAUAUGAGGGCUUUGAGGAAGAUGAUAGCCAUGAUUUUUGGUGCAACUUGGGCACUGCUGAGGUCCAUCCUAUUGGCUGGUGUGCAGUAAACAGCAAGCUUCUUGUGCCCCCACAGGCGGUCCACAAAUGUAAAACAGAUUGGAAAUCGUAUUUGAUGAAGAGGCUUGUUGGAGCAUUCACACUCCCUGUGGAUUUUCAUGUCAAGAUGGCAGACAGUCUGAAGUACCCUUUCAGGCAGGGAGUUCGUGUGGAGGUGGUGGAUCGCUCUCUGGUUAGCCGCACCCGUAGAGCAGUGGUAGACACUGUCAUCGGCGGACGCCUGAGACUUAUCUAUGAAGACGCAGGACUUGGACCCUCAGGCGAGGUGCUCUCGGACUUCUGGUGUCACAUGUGGAGCCCUCUAGUACAUCCCAUCAACUGGUCAUCUAGAGUGGGCCAUCUCAUUAAGGAAACGGACAAGUCUGUAGACAUGAGCAGUCACCCAACCUUCCACAAGGUGUUCUGUGAUAGUGUGCCACGGCAGUUUAAGAAGUUAAGGACUGUUUAUAUGGAAGGAGUUUUUUUUGAGGAGGGCAUGAAGUUGGAGGCAAUUGACCCUCUGAACCUGGGAAACAUCUGUGUGGCAUCUGUUCGAAAGGUGCUUUUAGAUGGCUACCUCAUGGUCAGUAUUGAUGGUGUGGAGAUAGGUGAUGGAUCAGACUGGUUUUGCUACCAUGCUAGCUCACAUGCCAUCUUACCUACGGGAUACUGCCAGAGCAAUGACAUAGCCCUCACUCUGCCCCCUGGCUAUGAUCAAGCUACCUUCACAUGGCCCAAAUAUUUGGAGGAAACAGCUAGUGUGGCCGCUCCACGUAGACUGUUCAACACAGUAAAGUUUUCUCUUUUAACCCCACAUCUCUUUAGUCAGAGUUUCCGCCUAUGUAAAGCUCUGUGCGCACAUCUACAGUGUGAAACUCGUGAAGGUGCUCCCCUCUCCUGCCCCUUCCUCCAGGACUACACGGGGCACGGCUUUGCCCCAGGCAUGAAGCUGGAAGCAGUUGACCUAAUGGAGCCCCGGCUGGUGUGCGUGGCCACCGUGCAGCGCAGCGUCGGUCGUCUGCUCCUGCUGCAUUUCGACGGCUGGGAGGCGGAGUUCGACCAGUGGGUGGACUGCCAGUCCCCUGACAUCUACCCCGUGGGCUGGUGUGAGUUUACUGGCUACCAGCUUCAGCCACCCAUUGGCCCAGAACCUCUGGAUGAACCGAACCAAAACAAAAAAGCAAUGAGUAAAAAGAGGAGAAGAAACGUGAAGAAAAAAACAGUAGAUAUCAUCUCGUAUACUCCUCCACCUCAGCAAGAUGGACAUGAGCAGUCAGGUGACCUACCCACAUCUGCUCUCCCUCAAGACACACCCUCUGGUACACCUCCCCAGACCCUAAGUAUACCGGUCAUCACUCCGUUAAAGACUGAGCCAGGCGAAGAAAUUAUUUCAGUCAAAGUGAAAGUGGAGGAGAUGGAAGUGGAGACCCCCAUCACUCUUGGCCUGCAGAGCAGCGAGAACAACAGUACCGAUAGCACUCUGAGCAGACUCAAACAGGAGGGCCCAGAGUGAAGCACAGAACCCCAGCCUGUCUGGGGUCAAAGCUGUGUUACACUGGAAGAGUUGCAUCUACUACUGAAGUGGAAGAAAGCAACUGACCCGACAAAAUAUGGAACUAUGAUGACGAAACUUUGGGUAUGUUGUGUAUAUCUUCUUUUUUUCCCCUCCCAUUCAGUGCUGGGUACUUCUGUUUUGCCAGCAGUACUGUUUUUGUUUUUUUGUUGGUUUUUUUUGGGGGGGGGGUUUGGUUUUUUUUUUUGUUAUUUUGGUGGACCACUGUCUUUGUUAAAUUUUUGAAUCCAAGUUUAACUGAAGUGCAGUGUGAACUGGAAUCAAUAAAUAUAGACAAAGUACAAAA